UGUCACUAAAGUUUGAUCAUCAAAUCUAAGGCCAAUUGUUUUUUAGACCACAAUUGCAUUGCGCCUUCUGUUGGAAAUUAAAAAAACUCAACACAGCUGUUAAAAUCGGACUGCUAUUUAUACUAAUUAACGGUAUGAAUAGACUUCAAUCAUUUUGAGUUAACUUAGCACAUUUAGUUAACUAAGUGCAUUGAUUAAAAUCGUGAUUUGAUAUUGUUUGUUUGUUUCAUCAUCAGACCAAUAUUUGGAUGAUUCAAAUCAAUCUAGGUUUUAUGAGUAAUCAAGCCUGGAAACGAUUGUUACAAAUUUACUGACGGAGCCAUCGCCAAUUGCACCAAAGACGAUCAUCUAAACAAGCUCCCUGCGUUCCAUAAGCGAUUUCAAAGUUGAAUGGAUGAGAUUACUUAAUAUCAACGCUUUCCACAGUCACCAUCGUUCGGAUCAACAACCAAAGUUAACAUCCAAUUUGAAGACUCAAUAAUAGUUGGAAUGAACGAGGAUUCAGGACGAAAUUCUUCCGACUACAUUGUCCAUCAUUUUAAUUCUCACAAUGCCAAAAAGAUCGCCACCAUUUUGGUUUUUUCACUCAUUCUUUACCACUCAGUAUUGCACGUUGGUUAUGGCAUAAAUUCAUGCAAAUGGCUUCUUAGUGAUGGACGGUUUCAAGGUUAUAGAGAAUGGCAACCCUAUGGAUGUAUGCUUCACACUUACAGUAAAAUGGACAGUAGAAGAUGUCUUAGGUACAUCGCCUAUUGGGGUGGUAGAAACUACAUCGUUUUCAUCGGUGAUUCUCGAAUAAGACAACUAUAUUUUGCUUUCAUCAAUCUAAUCAAUGCAAAUCUGGAGACUCCUGUCAUUGAUACAGUUGUUCAUCACGAUUUGAAAGUAGAAGAAAAAGAUUUAAACUUAAAAGUGGAAUUCUUAUGGCGACCUGUUAUAAAUGAAUCCAUGUUUACUCCUUAUCAAAAUUGGUUGAGCUCAGAUAUCUCCUCUAGACCUCAAGUUGUUGUCACAGGAAGUGGAACUUGGACCAUAAAGUCAAGUAAUGCUAGUCUCAAAGCAUUAGAAGAUUAUAAGACCAAUUUGACGCGGUUAUUACCUAACAUGGACCGUAUGGGAUGUGAAAUUUUAUGGGUCCUUCAAGAUCCAGUGAAUCCUGAAAAACUUGAUCCAAGUCGGUCAAUGAUUUCCAAUGAACAAAUUGAUUUGUAUAAUAAAGCAGCCAUCAAUGUAUUGAAAUAUGCAACUUCACCCAAAGUCCACAUUUGGAGCUCUUCUCGUCUAGUUUCCCAGGGUUACAGUGAUGAUCAAAAGGAUGGACUUCACAUGGGACAAACAGCUCUCAACUAUGCUGUCCAAAUUUUGUUAAAUAUGUACUGCAACGAUCAGAUGAAUCAUAAUGAUGGUACAUGUUGUAGUGACCCAGAACCAAUAACUAACAUUCAAAUAUUAACCUUUGCGUUCACAAUUGUGUGUGGAAUUUUAGCGGUGGCCUCAGUUUUCCAUCAAUUUCUCACCUCUCAUAAUCACCGACGUUGGCAACCAUUGGUCAAUCAAGAAGAGAUUGAAUUAUUUGACAAUCAAAGUAAUGACAGUCACAACGAUGUUCCUAUUAGAGAAAGUCAAAUGCAUCUUUCUUCUUUGCCUUCUUCCUCUUCUUUUCGAACCAAAGAUUCUGAAAAAUCUUAUCACGAACUUCUCACUUCUUUGGCCAAAUUUGGUCUCCUCAUGGCCUUUUUCUUCCUCUGUGAUAGAACCAAUUUUUUUAUGAAAGAAAACAAGUAUUAUACACACACUUCUUUUUUCCUGCCCGUUGCCUAUGUUUUUGCACUUGGACUUUUUUUCACCGAAGAAUCAAGAUACACUCAUGUGCUUCACCGAGAUCAAACUGAUGAAUGGAAAGGUUACAUGCAGCUAAUCAUUUUAAUUUAUCACAUUACCGGAGCCAGUCAAAUCGUACCAAUAUACUUACUUAUUCGAGUUAUGGUGUCGGCAUAUUUGUUUCUCAGUGGUUAUGGUCAUUUUACUUAUUUCUGGCAUACUGGAGAUUUUAGUCUUCAUCGUGUCUGGAAGGUUUUAUUUCGUUUGAAUAUUCUAGUUAUUUUUCUGUGCCUGGUAAUGAGUAGGCCAUAUCAAUUUUAUUAUUUUGUGCCAUUAAUUACUUUCUGGUUUAUAACCAUCUAUGCAACAAUGAGUAGCUUUCCGCAAGUUACUAGCAGUUCUGCUGAAGUCAAUCCAAUCCAUCAUCUAUACUUGAUACUUAAAUUUGUGGCUUUGUUAAUUGUCAUAUCAGUCCUUUACAUGUCCGAAGUGUUCUUUGAGAAAAUAUUCCUUACUCGUCCAUGGAAAGCUCUGUUCGUAACCACUGAUGACUCCAUAAAAGAAUGGGAAUUUCGAUGGAAGCUUGAUCGCUAUAGUGUUCCCGCUGGAAUGGUUUUUGGUUACUUCUAUUAUCUUCUUAAACAUUUUCACAUUCUCGAUGAUAAAAAUCAUAGCAAUUUAUUUUCUAGAAGAAUCAGCUUAAUGGUAGUUGUUUCAUCACUAUGCGGUAUAAUUGGUUAUGCCAGUUUCGCUUUUCUAUGUCACAAUAAAGACGAUUGCAACGUUAUUCACGCUUACAUAUUUUUCAUACCAGUCAUUUCUUACAUUUGUCUUCGAAACAUAUCUGGACUUCUUCGAUCUCGUUAUAGUAUAUUUUUCGCAUGGUUCGGUCGAAUAUCUUUAGAACUUUUUAUAUGCCAAUAUCACAUUUGGUUAGCAGCUGAUACACAUGGAGUUCUUGUUCUGAUUCCCAGUUUUCCUGUACUUAAUGUAAUCGUCACAUCAUUCAUUUACGUUUGUAUUUCCCACGAGAUUCAUCUUUUAACUCGAAUUCUGGUCAAAUACGCCAUCUCACCUGAUUGGAGAUAUAUGACAAGAAAUCUUAUCAUUUUUCUCUUCAUUCUGAUACUAUUAGGAAUUAAAGACGGGAUGUUCUGAAAUAACCAUCACAGUUGAAUUUCAUUUCACUUGUUUCCUUUCAAACAAGCAUUCCAUUCAAUUAUUGAGUCACAAUUUGAACGAUCUAGUCAUCUAUUAAUAGACAUUGUGAGAUUAAAGUUUAUCUCUUUGGAUGCACAAAAGUGACUCUGAUAUUAUUAUAAAACGAUAAAAAUCUAUUAAAUUUAAAUAUUCUAA